AUGAGAGAGAUAUUGACGCUUUUAGAAGUUGUGUGGAUGAUUGUAACUUGCUGGAUUUGGGUUUCACAGGUGGAUUUAUUCCCUGGUAUUGAUGUUCGUCAAUUCCCUAUUUACAGAUCAGACCAUGCUCCCAUCCUAUUAGAUACUGAAACCCGAUGUAUGGAGGAUUAUAAAGAUCGCCUCUUUCGCUUUGAAUCCUACUGGCUUUCUAAUGAGAAGUGUUAUGACGUAGUGGUAAAUUCGUGGAGGGAGGGGAUUAGUGUUCCCAUUCAUGCGAGGCUCGAGGCGUGUGCAAACUCCUUGAAGGAGUGGGCUACUAGAGAAUUUAGUGAUGUAAAAAGUAUGAUCAAGAUUACUGAGAAAAAACUAGCAAAAGCCCAAAGACAAGCACCUGAUGCUAACAUGUUGGCUGCUUGCAAUUCAAUGGCUAAUGAUCUUGAUGGCCUUAACCGUGUAGAGGAAGCUUAUUGGCACUUAAGAUCUAGGGUGAAUGAGUUGAAACAUAGGGAUAAGAACACCAAGUAUUUUCACCAUAAAGCAAGCUCAAGGAAGAAGAGAAACUUGAUUCGUGGUCUUAUGGAUGAUGAGGGUACUUGGAGGGCUUCAAAAGCAUAUAUUGAGAGAUUAGUAGCCGCUUAUUUUGAGAGUAUCUUCGCCACUAGUUCACCGUAUGGAUUACCUAAGGCACUUGAAGGCAUCUGUGGUCAAUGA